ACCACAGCAUCGCUUGGCCGGCGGAGCUUCUGCAUCCACCAGACCGCAGUCCACCGCCUCGCCUCGGUGUGCUCCAGACAUGCAGGCCAAGAUGUUCGCCGUCAAGGUGAAGGACCUCAAGCAGCCGGGCUUUAUUCUCAAGAUCCUCGAGAUUGCGAUGCUGCUGACGACGACGCUGGUGGCGCGGCUGGGGCGCGGCGGCGGGCCCGUCAGCUUCCACCGGCUGUCUCCGGACGCCGACACGCUGGGCCAGGGCGUGUGCCUGGCCUACCUCAUCAUCACGCCGGUGCUGCUGCUCGGCUACCUCACCGGCGAGAUCGGACACCAGCGCAGGAAGAUGGAGUUCAUGUUCAGCGUGUGCGGCGCGCUGUUGCUGCUAGUGGCAGGCGCCGUGGCGGUCGACUUCUGGCGCAGCGUCGGCAUGAUCCCCAUGACGGCGGGCCCCGAGCACUGGGCGCGCGUCCGCGCCGAGCUCUCCGGGCUGGUGGCCAGCGAGCGAGCAUCGGGCCUCUCCCUGGGCUGCCUGGCGCUGCUGUCUGCGCUGCUCUACCUCAUCGACGCCUUCUUCGGCUACCGCAUGGGGCUCUCUGCCUCCUCCGUCUGACAACAGCAGAAAGUUUUUCAGUUUCUGACAGCAACAGCUGCAGAGGAUGCCACUCAUCAAUGUAGCUUGUUUGUGGGAAUAUUACAACUUAUCUAUAUCACUUAUUCACAUGCAGAAUUAUAGUGUAAAAUAUAUAAUUUGAAACAUUUUUUCACCUUUGAAAAACUGUAGCUUCCACAUUUUUACAAACAAUUUACACAGGUGUCAUAUUAACAACCAUGAUAAAAAUGAUAUGGAAGUAAUCAUUAUAAUGUGAAAAAUCAUUAUAGUCUUGAAAGUCAAUCACUAAUUAGUAUUAAGUUAUUUCUUAUUUUACACAGCUUUGUAUUAAAUAUAUUUAUUUUAAAGACAAAUACAAAAGUGUGGUUGCAACAUCCAAAUUUUUUACAUAAAAUUUGUCGCUAUAACCAUUAUAUUGUUUAAUGAUUGCAAUUAUGGUGCAAUUAUCAAUACAUUAAAUAAAAAUAUUUUCUUAUUAAAUUUUAUAUUGCAUAUAUGUCCUUAAAUCUGUGCAGCUCAUAGUGUCUCUUGAACAUAAUAUUUUAUAAUUCUGCUCUUACAUGUUCUGCCAUUUCCAUUCAAGAGCUGUAUAUAUGCAAUUCCAUUCAUAUUGCUAUAAAAAUUGUAAAUGGUACACUAAAACAUCCAAGUGAUAGUGGAACACCAAUUAUAAUUCUGUUUUAAUUGGAAAGACACCAUUAACAGAGCACUCCAUAUAAUCUCAUUCAUUUGCAAUGUUUUCAUUGUCUCAUUUUAGGGUGCCAGUAAGUGAUUUCUAUAGAAAGAGCUGUGAAUAGCUGUAGAGACGUUUGAACUAAAAACUAUGAAUAUUACAUUAUGCCUUGUACAAAA